AUGGUUCUUCCGCAGAAGCCAAUCGUCUGCCCCACAGAGAACGUGUGCCUGGACAGACAGACAUCCGUCCACCUGAGGAAGCCAAUCGUGGAGACACCACUGAUUGCUUCGAAAUUCCAACAUGUUUCCCGAUUCGGCAACUGCGCCAUAGUCACUCAGUUGAGUCAGUUGAUCCUCGCCCGCAUCGUGCAUGGCCGCAUACUGUGGGCUCGUAGAGGGUACUCUUCAGCGUUGCGUGUAUGGCUUGGUGAUCCCACCAGCUGGGUUGUACUCCACGGGGGCAUGUACAACAUGGCCUAUGGAUGUGCAGGCCGUGUAGGAAAGUCCCAGUUCCUGCGUGGGCCGCAGUAUCCACCAGUGCCUGGCAAAGUGUUCGGUCGGGAUGAGCACAUCCGAGUAAUGGACAAGCGCACUGUGGACUUGCAGACGGUCACCAAUCACUCUGAUCCGAGUCUCAGGGCAGUUCUUCUCCGGCCCGCCACAGUGAGAAGAUGCGCUAGACCUUCAAAACCAGAGGAGAAGAAGAAGAAGAAGAAGAAGAAGAAGAAGAAGAAGAAGAAGAAGAAGAAGAAGAAGAAGAAGAAGAAGAAAGAGCAACAUGGCGGAGCCAUCGGAAUUAAGAAGGAGUAA